AUGGCCCUCGGAGACAAGAUGACACUGGAGUUUGUCGAAGACAUGAUUGAGCGAUUCAAGAACGGAAAGAAGCUGGCCAAGAAGUACGUCUACCAGAUCAUCAUCGCAGUCAUGGACAUUGUCAAGAAGGAGCCCACCAUGGUCGAGCACGAUGUCGAAGACGGAAAGGAGAUUACUGUCUGCGGUGAUACUCACGGCCAAUUCUUCGAUCUCAUGAACAUCUUCAAUCUCGCCGGCAAGCCCUCCGAAAAGAACGCGUUCCUCUUCAACGGCGACUUCGUCGACCGAGGCUCUUGGUCCACCGAGAUUGCCCUACUGCUUUACGCUUACAAAUGGCUAUACCCUGAUAGCUUCUUCCUGAAUCGCGGAAACCAUGAGACGGACGACAUGAACAGAAUGUACGGUUUCGAGGGUGAAUGCAGGGCGAAAUACACCGAGCGGGUCUUUAAGCUGUUCUCGGAGUCCUUCUCCGCGCUUCCUCUCGCCACCCUCAUCGGCAAGAAGUACUUUGUGCUCCACGGCGGCCUCUUCUCAGACGAUAAGGUCACGCUAGACGACGUGCGAAAGCUCGACCGAUUCAAGCAGCGUCAACCUGGACAGUCUGGGCUCAUGAUGGAGAUGCUUUGGACCGACCCGCAGACAAACCCAGGCCGUGGACCCAGCAAGCGCGGUGUCGGUCUGCAAUUCGGACCCGAUAUCACCAAGCGCUUCUGCGAGAACAACGGUCUCGAGGCUAUCAUUCGGUCGCACGAAGUGCGCAUGGAGGGUUACGAAGUCGAGCACGACGGACGCUGCAUCACCGUCUUCUCGGCACCCAACUACUGUGACAGCACCCACAACAAGGGCGCAUUCAUCAAGAUCGGCCCAGAGUACAAGCUCAAGUUCACCCAGUUCGACGCUGUUGCGCAUCCGAACAUCAAGCCCAUGGCAUACGCGUCAAGUGGCAUGGCCGGCAUGAUCUAA